AGCUACCAUCUGAGCUGUAUUCUUAGAUCUUUAUUUCUGAAAGGGAUCAGUUUUCCUCAGGUGCCAUGAAGGCACUAGUAGCUUUAAUACUGCUUGUUCAGCUUCCAAUUCACAAAGCUGUACCAGCAGCUCCCCCUGCUCCCUUGGGCUGUGAUGACCCAGAAUCUGAAGCAGCAGCUGAAGUUGCUGUGAAUUAUAUUAAUGGCCACAGUCAUCAUGGAUACAAGUUUGCCUUAAACCGAAUCGAGGAUAUCCGCGUGGUACCCCAGGGGCCAAAUAAUGACUUAAUAUUUCUUGAACUUGACUUACUGGAGACCAAGUGCCCUAUUCUGAGCCCUACACCUCUUGCAAAUUGCACAGUGAGGAGCUUUGCAGAACAUGCAGUUGAGGGUGACUGUGAUGUUAAAAUGCAGAAGGUGGAUGGGACAUUAUCUGUACUUGCUAGCAAAUGCCACUCACAUGCAGACUCCAGUGAAGACAUUCGCAAAGUCUGUCCUGACUGUCCACUGUUGGCAAGACUGAAUGACACAGAGGUGUUAGAAACAGUGUCAGCUGCACUCAAUGACUACAACAGCAAAACCACAGAUUCUUACCUCAGACUCCUCGAGAUUGGAAGAGCAAAAAUACAGUAUCACCCAGGGCACGUUGUUGUUACUGAGUUUGCCGUGGGUGCCACGAACUGCUCUGCAGAAGAAGCUAAAGCCAACGUGGGAGCCUGUCAGCUGCUGCCCGAGGAUCAGUCUAAUUUUGGUUUCUGUACAGCAGUGAUGGUAAAAAGUCCCUCACAAGACCUUCAGGUGGACUGCCAGUUGUACGGACAUCAGCCUGGAGUUACCUAUGCUCAUCCGGGUCAAGACACAUCAGCAGGACUGGCACCCAGUGCUGUAGGCGUCACAAACCAUAAUCUUGGGCUUUUCCACAAUAACCCUGUUGCAUCUGAAUCCAGCUCUUCAGAAAUUUUGCGUUCCAGGCUCUCAGCAAAAUCAGUAACAAAGAGAGCAGUUGCUGCUCAGCAUGACAAAGUACCUCGUCCAGUUGGCUUUGUGCCUCCUCCUCCUCCCUGCCCUGGGAAGAUUCGCCACUUCGAUAUCUAGGCUGUGUUUCAGACAUGCAAGGCAGCCAAACUGAGGGAUCAGUGCAACAGCAACACACAGAACACAACAUUGACUACAAAUCGGUGACAACACUUGACUCUG